AUCCGAGCGUCCGGUUGUGUUUUGCUUCUUCAACGCGCUUCUCAUGCAAACGAGUGUCCCAAACGUUCGUUUCAACGUCUGAACGUCUUCGAAUGAACUAACCCGGCCUACGAGGGCACCCCCCACCGUCUCAAAAUGCCCCGCGAACGCAAGGGAGCCAACAAAUUCAAGGACGCUGACCUCGACAACCCGGCCGUCGGCCCGGGUGGUGACAUGAAGCUCCAACCGGGCAGUCCGUCGACCAAGAAACGACGUACUCCCGCACAGGCGAGCCCCUCGAUCCCAGACCUGGUCCCACCACCGCCGAUGACGGGGUACGGCGAGACGAUCGUGGCGUCGAACCCCUUCGACGACACCGUCCCUUCGCAGCAGACCCACCUCCAUCACCGCCCCCCGCAGCACGCGAUGCUACACCAGUCGCCCAGCGUGAACCAGCCGCCCCAGAUGUCGGCCGCUAACGUGAUGCCUCCGUCCGCCAUGCACCCGAAGCCCAUGCCGAUGAUGUCGGGUAAGAUCUACCCUCACGACCAGCCGAUGGUGUUCAAUCCGCAGAAUCCCAACGCUCCGCCAAUCUACCCGUGCGGCGUGUGUCAUAAGGAGGUACACGACAAUGACCAGGCGAUACUCUGCGAGAGCGGCUGCAACUUCUGGUUUCACCGUAUCUGCACGGGACUCACGGACGCCGCGUUCCACCUGCUCACGCAGGAAGUCUACGCCGAGUGGGUCUGCGACCGCUGCCUUUCGUCGAAGAGCAUACCGCUCGUGAAGUUCAAGCCCUGAGUAGCUUUCCUCCCUGUCUUCGAAUCGGGACCCUCGAUUUUCACCUCGCAUUGUCAACUGCGUCACAUUGUCAACUGCGCCACACCGCCAAUGGCUGCGAUACAGGCCGUGGCGCAGCGGCAGAUGUGGGUACGGCAAAUGCCUCUUUUUCUGUACCUUGCUCUGCAGCCGGCCAGAUGAUGGAAACUAGUGUAUCCAUUGCUCGGGAUGCCAUAGCGACAGCGACGCAUGCGUCUGCUCACUUUCUUUGCUGGUGGUUCUACGUCUGGCGACGCCUGGCAGCAUGACACGCUGGCUCCUGCAGCACACCUCGCUGCCGACGCGUGACUGCUCGGAUGCAUGCUACGUGGUUUAGGAUGCCCAACAGGCUGGUCAGACAUGCGUUCCAGCCGCUGUACCGUUGCCCCUUUUAGAUGAAUAGGACCCUGCUCUAACCAUGACUAGGCAGUGAGUGGCUUGUGCAACCUUGAGCUAACAAAUGUUUCUUAAAUACCAAAACCCCCUAGGUAGUGUUGUUUUAAAACCGUAGCGCUCAAAUCGGCCAAAGCAAUAUGGCAGCUAGGUGCAGUCGACUCGUCAGCAAAUAAACAUGCUAGAAAGCUUUUUUUUAAUCUGUAUAUUGGCUUUUUGAUAGAAAAAUUCUUAGCAAAACCAGCUUGCUUAUUACCUUCCUUUGGGUAGUAAUUCAUUGGCUAUGGAGAGGUCCCAUGUGUACAUGUUUUGCAUACAUUUUUACACAUCGUUUAGGGCUAGGAUAUCAUUUAAGAAAAUGUGCCCCAAAAAAGUGCAGCACAAUGCAAUGAAACCAAUUUAGAACGAACCCACGUACAGUGAAUUAUUGUCAAUAUCGAACUCACGGAAACUUUAUACCAAAAUGCAUGUAUAAAGCACUUUUAUAACGAACAACAUAUUGGCUAUAUCGAGCCUUUCCCCCCCGAAAGGCUUCCAAAAACGCGCUGACCAUCGUC